AUGGGCAACACCACCAGCCAGGUCCUGGACACCAUCGUCCAAGGAUCCAACUUCGACCGAGAAGAAGUCGACCGGCUGCGCAAACGAUUCAUGAAGCUCGACAAAGAUAACUCGGGAACCAUUGAGCGCGACGAGUUCCUCAGCCUGCCGCAAAUAUCGUCCAACCCCUUGGCAACGCGAAUGAUUGCCAUUUUCGACGAGGACGGCGGCGGCGACGUCGAUUUCCAAGAGUUCGUGUCCGGGCUCAGCGCCUUCAGCAGCAAGGGCAACAAGGAGCAGAAGCUGCAGUUCGCCUUCAAGGUGUACGACAUUGAUCGCGACGGGUACAUUAGCAACGGCGAGCUGUUUAUCGUGCUGAAGAUGAUGGUGGGUAGCAACCUCAAGGAUCAGCAGCUGCAGCAGAUUGUGGACAAGACCAUGAUGGAGGCGGACCUGGACAACGACGGCAAGAUCAGCUUUGACGAGUUUACCAAGAUGGUGGAGAAUACGGACGUGAGCAUGAGCAUGACGCUGGACCAGUUCUAA